AUGAUUGAACUUACUGUGAAGCUGGAAGAGCUCCAGGCAGAGUUAAAGGAACUGAAGAACCGUGGAGGUCUUGUGAAGAACAUGGUAGAUAAAAACACCUCUCUGACAUAUCUCACCCUGCACCAUGACAUCACCUCUAACUCCAACAACAACACCGUUGUCCCUGACUACAAGCUACUACCAUCUCCAGACCAGCACCAUCUCCUGUGUGAGAAUCCCAACCCACAGAACACUGUUGUCUCCCAGGCAACAGCAACAACAGCUGAUCUGAUCCAGGAAUAUGGAACUCUGACCAAAGCUCCAGAUCUCUCCAGACCUAUUGGUGAGGGAGAGACCAUUGUGGAGGCCCAGAGGGGUGUGUCUCCCUCAGACCAGGCUGAAACCACCAUGGAGCUCCAGAGUAGAGGCCUCUCUGCCUCAGAGCUAGCCCAGGAGGUGGAGCAUCUGGGUGGGGAGAGCGCCAAGGAGGCUGGGCGAGCCAGACAGACCCAGGCCAAGCUGGUGGUUCGACAGAGCCAGGUAACCAGGCAGACCCAGCAGCUGACCCUGGCCUUCGACCACCAGAGCAGGCACAUCCAGGAGCUGCUGGCAGAGCUGCAGGAGAAGGAGGGCAGUGGCGUCAGGCAGGGACAGGAACUGCAGCACUGUAGAGAAGAACUGGCCACGCUCAGAGAGGAGAAGGAGAGACUGGAGGAAGAGAGACAGAAGGAGGAGCUCAAGGAAAGAGAGGGGGAGAGAGGAGCUAGGGGUGAUGGGAGCGUGGGAGUAGAGAGGGAGAGAGGAGCUGGAUAUGAGACUCUAUUAGACACUACUCCACUGGCUCCACUCCAGAUCACCUGCCUAGAGAAGCAGGUGGUGGCGCUGCAGGCUGAACUGCAGUCUCUCUCUGAGGAGAAUCAGAGACGGGCUGAGGAGCUGGCAGUGUGGAGGCUGACGGCCCAGACCCCCUGUCUGGAGCCAGAGGACCCCAUCGCUGCUCCCCUCAGCCCUGCUCCCCUCAGGCCUGGACACAACACUGCUCCCCUCAGCCCUGGACACAACACUGCUCUCCUCAGCCCGGUACACAACACUGCUCUCCUCAGGUCUGGACACAACACUGCUCCCCUCAGGCCUGGACACAACACUGCUCCCCUCAGGCCUGGACACAACACUGCUCCCCUCAGGCCUGGACAGAACACUGCUCUCCUCAGGCCUGGACACAACACUGCUCCCCUCAGGCCUGGACACAACACUGCUCCCCUCAGGCCUGGACAGAACACUGCUCUCCUCUGGCCUGGACACAACACUGCUCCCCUCAGCCCUGGACACAACAAUGCUCCCCUCAGGCCUGGACACAACACUGCUCCCCUCAGGCCUGGACACAACACUGCUCCCCUCAGCCCUGGACACAACACUGCUCCCCUCAGCCCUGGACACAACACUGCUCCCCUCAGGCCUGGACACAACACUGCUCCCCUCAGGCCUGGACACAACACUGCUCCCCUCAGGCCUGGACACAACACUGCUCCCCUCAGGCCUGGACACAACACUGCUCCCCUCAGGCCUGGACACAACACUGCUCCCCUCAGGCCUGGACACAACACUGCAGGCCUGGACACAACACUGCUCCCCUCAGGCCUGGACACAACACUGCUCCCCUCAGGCCUGGACACAACACUGCAGGCCUGGACACAACACUGCUCCCCUCAGGCCUGGACACAACACUGUGACUGUGAUCAGGGAGGAUGAGCUGCUUCUCUCCUGCACCUCCUAUAAACUCUAUGGGAGGACCCUGGCCUCAAGGUAAUGGUACAUUUAGCACUUGUAGGAAACAUGU